GGGGCUGCAGGGCGCACGCGCGAGGGCCGUCUCUGUGGCUGCCGCCCGAACGCUUUGCUGCGGAGGCCGGGCAGGGGGCGGCGCGGAGCAUGGGGCAUUGGGUCCGGUCCUGGAGCCUCGGGGGGGCGGCCCUGAAGCCCUCGCUGCCUUCCCGGGGGCCCGGCUUCUCUGCGGUCCCGGCCGCUCUCGGGAGCAGCGGCCCCAGGCCCGUACCCCUCUCCUACCGGCUGCUGGGCUCCUCGGACGCCCACCCGCCCCUGGUCUUCCUGCACGGGCUGUUUGGCAGCAAAACCAACUUCCAGUCCAUCGCCAAGGCCCUGGGGCAGCAAACGGGCAGGAAGGUGCUGAUAGUGGAUGCCCGGAACCACGGGGAGAGCCCGCACAGCGCCGACGCCAGCUACGAGGCCAUGAGCGCCGACCUGCAGGCCCUCCUGCCCCAGCUGGGCCUGGUUCCCUGCGUCCUCAUCGGGCACAGCAUGGGGGGCAAGACUGCCAUGUUACUGGCCCUGCAGAGGCCGGAGCUGGUGGAACGAUUGAUCCUGGUGGACAUCAGCCCGUUGCCGACCACGGCCGUCUCCAAGUUCCCUUCCUACCUGGCAGCCAUGAAGAACAUACAAGUCCCCAAGGAGCUGCCCCUCUCUCAGGCCCGCAAAGUGGUCGACGAGCAGCUCAUGCCCGUCAUCAAGGACCUCAACAUCCGACAGUUCAUCCUCACCAACCUCGUGAAAGCCAGCAAUGGGCACUUCACAUGGAGGGUCAACAUUGAAGCCCUGGCCCAGCAGAUGGACAAGAUCAUGGACUUCCCCCUGCUCCAGAAAUCCUACUCUGGCCCUACCCUUUUCCUCAGUGGCGCUAACUCUGAAUUCAUCCAGCCGAGCCACCACCCCGAGAUGAAGCGUCUGUUCCCUCACUCCCAGAUCCUCUCGGUCCCGGGGGCCGGCCACUGGAUCCACGCCGACCAGCCCCAAGACUUCAUGAGCAAUGUUAAACGCUUCCUGUGCUAGCAGGUGGCCGUCCCCCCCGCCCCGUCUGCACCGGCUCCCAAGCACCAUGAGUGCCUGGGGGACCCGGGCAGUGCCUCCCACCAGCAGAGAAGGAAGCCCCGUACCCCGACUCCCGUCCACCUCCAAGUGGGCACAACCAGUGUUUCAGAGUCUAACCAAUAAAGCUGUUCCAGCUUUC